CACUAAAACUCAAUCGAGAUUUGUAAAGAGUCAUUUCAUGAGUGGAAUCACACAAAUGCGAAAGGCUCUCCGCCAGAAUGGCUGUGGCGAACAUCUCCGUGGCUGAAAGUCAGUUCAAGUGUCCUAUCUGCCUGGACCUCCUGCAGGAGCCGGUGUCGAUCCUGUGUGGACACACCUACUGCAUGUUGUGCAUCAACAACUACUGGGACCAGUCGGAACCUACCCGGUACCAGUGCCCCCAGUGCCGGGAGACCUUCAGCCCCCGGCCAGUGCUGCGGAGGAACACAGUGCUGGCGGAGGUUCUCGAGAAACUUAAGGCGCAGAGCGACUCGCCGGGAGCGCCGGAGCUCUUCCUGGGAGGAGCCGGAGAAGUUCCGUGCGACUUCUGCCCGCCGGAAAGCAAGGUGAGGGCCCGUGUGUCGUGCCUGGUCUGCCUGGCGUCCUUCUGCAACCUCCAUGCGCUACCGCACCACCAGCUCGGUACUCUACGGCGGCACAAGCUCGUGGCCGCGGUGGAGAGUCUGGCGGACAGACUGUGCGCUGAACACCGGCUGGGUCUGGAGCCUCCGGGGAGAGGAACCGAGGAAAAACCCGCGGCUGCGUGGAGCGGGAGCUGCCCACUGUGUGAGGCAGACCAGGAGGAGGAACGCAGCGGCGAGGCGCUGAAGGCCCGGAGACAGCUGCAGCUGCAGGAGAGUCAGAGGACGGUCAAAGGCCAGAUCCGGACUGUGGAGAGAGAGCUGGAAGAGACUCAGCAGAGCUUGGACUCCUUUAAGGUGUCUGCGUCACUGGUUCUGGAGGACAGUGAAGCUCUGUUUUGUGAAAUGGCUCUGCGCUUGGAGAAAACCAAAACUGAGGUAAAAGCAGUUUUGGAGGCAAAAGAGCGCCUGACCAUAGGAAGAGCCAAACGGGACAUAGAGCUGCUGGAGAAAGACCUUCUGGAUCUUAAGAGAAGAAAUGAGGAAAUCGAGGAGCUGCUACAAACUGAGGACAACACACAGUACUUACAGAUGGCUUCACUUCUCCGCGUCCCUCCCACCGCUGAUCAGCCCUGCGCCGUCAUCAGCCUCCCCACGGAAGCCUUUAGCGGAGCUAGAAGAGCACUGGGAAACUUGCGCAGCCGCGUAGAAGAGGUCUGCAUGGAGGAGGUGGACAAGAUCAGUUAUGCAGUUAGUGAGAACUGGGUCUCCGGCAGAGAAUGUGUAAAAGGUGGCCACAGAGGGGAAAACUUAAAGCCUCAGCAACUGCAGUUUCACCCCCCAGGUCCACUCAGCAGCGGAGCGGGACCGCUCUCGUUUCCUUUGUCUACUUUGUUCCUGCAGCCGUCAGAUCAGAGAAUGAGGGUUUCAUUACUCAGAUAUUCAUGUCACCUGUCACUGAACCCAGAUACAGCGUACCCAACUCUGGUCCUUCUGGAGAAUCCUCAAGGUGUGCACUGUGGUGAGGACACACAGCCAUACCCCUAUCACCCUUCCCGCUUUGACUCGAUGGCCCAGGUGUUGUGCAGGGAAGGACAGUUUGGUGAAGCCAGCUACUGGGAGGUGGAGUGGAGGGGCGGAGGUUGGGUCGACAUCGGCGUCACCUACCAAGCAAUCGGGCGCAAAGGCGGUGGAAAGCCCUGCCUUCUUGGACGCAACAAAAACUCCUGGCGCCUAAGGUGUUCGCAUGCGGGAUAUGCGGCGUGGCACGACAACCGCAAGACCACAGUGGCAGCACCUCCCUGUCCCAGGAUUGGCGUGUUUCUGGAGCGCCAGAGAGGGGCCUUGUCCUUCUACAGUUUGUCAGACACAGUGUUGCUGCUGCACACAUUUCAGUCCACCUUCUCUCAGCCAUUGUACCCAGCUUUCCGGCUGGAUCUGGACUCUACCCUGCUGAUCUGCCCUCGUGAGGCAGCCACUGCAAAAUGAACCAAAGCCACCAGUUUUCCUGUGAGCUCGCAUCAAUUUGCAGAAGGACUAAUCAUGUCAGUAGCAGAUGCAAGGAAAAAAAGAGGAAAUAAGAUAUAUUUUGUUCUUUCCCAAACUAAUUUUUAUUCAUAAAUCUGUGGCCCAGAUUUAUUGCCGCUUUUUCAAACCACAAAAUAGCCUAUAAAUAUAUAAUGGAUAUAUACAGGUGUUUGAUGGGGUUAAAGUGGUCUCUGGUCAACUAUAGUGCACUUAUCUUUGUUUCUCCUUAUGACGGUAACGUUUCAGAGCAUUUCAGCUGUGAUGAACUGCAGCAUCUAAGUGCCUGAAAGGACGUGCUAAAUUUCAUUUUGCUUUGACUCGUUUGUGCUGUUUUCAUGUCUUGAAAUAUAGAAAAUGUCCAUAUGCAGCCUAUUACUAGUACAUUGUGGCUAUGCAUCUAAGGCUUGCCUUAAUCAUUGAAUACACUAAGAUGAAUGACGGAUCACUUAACCAGUAUGAAAUGUUACAAAAGGCUUUAGAUCAAUAACUUGAGAAUGAGAAUUGUGAUGCAACUUUUCAUUGGUCCUGAUUCUUCUAAACAGUUUAACAAGU